GUAACUUGAGCACCAUAUGCAUUACUCCAUAGGUGUGGAACGCGCUGCCGUUGUCUCGAGUUCUCAGCGCAUUGUUGGGUGAUUGCCUUCACCUUACCUACCCCUUCCGAGUUUCUCCUAGGUGCGUUGGCGCAGACUCCGACUUGACUCUCCGUCUUAUGUGAAGCAGUACACGAGUACGUUCACUCAGCGUAAACUUGUUUGUUCUCGAACUCAAACUUUUGCCGAGCUUUGGUUUUCCAUUGCCUCUGUUUCGAUCGUACCGUUCUAAAGCGUGUUCACUAACUCUUCCGCUACUGGAAGAUCAAUCUUCAAAAUGGCUGGGAAACGAAAGCGCGAUAUCCUUGAUUUUGACCCCAAUAAAUCUGAUUCGGACGAUGAAAAUUUCGAACCAAAUGUCGACCGUCCACGCUCUCAGAGAAAAUCGCGACUACACAAAGCUAACAAGCCUGCUGUUCGUAAGAGGGGUAAAUAUCGAGGAUCCGAUAUUGAAGACGACGACGACCUCGCAGAUAGUGACCAAGAAGACUCAUUUGCUGAGAACGAUGAGGAGGAGGACGAGCCUGAGCCCCUCAUUAAUGAGAAUACCGGUCGUCGCAUCAGGAAGGCUGCUACAAAGCAACUCAAUUACAGAGAGACCUCUGAUGAAGAAGAGCUCGUCCAAGAUUCGCAUGACGAAACCGAUGAUCUUAUCAAGGACCCGCCUAUCAAAUCGCCUAUUAAGUCGCCUAUUAAAUCGCCCCGGCACACGAAAUUGAUUACACUCAAAGUGCCUCCGUCGGCACGCAAGACCCGGGCAACUGCCAAUAUGAAUGCGCCUGUGGUCGGGACUAGGAGAAUGACUCGAGCUCGUACGCAGGAAAAAGAUGACGCCGAACUUGUCGAAUUGUCAACAUCGGGCAGGCAUUCAAAACUAGCUCGAGGCUCCAAGAGUAAGAGUCCGGAAACCCUAGGACGAGUUGGUCGACCGACUCGUAGCGCGAAAGGUGUAAAGAAGACAUUUCCUACUGUGAUGGAAGUUGACACUCAGGAAGAGGAGCAACCGACCCAGGCUGAGGCUGAGGCCAUUCCGGAUCCUAUCAUUCAAGACAAUGAUAUAGUGGAAGAGACUAUACUUGAACAAGUGGAUAACGUGGGCGAAAAUGCCGAGAAAGGUCCAGAAGACCCCAUGGAAACGGUAGAAACAGUCGAGAUAGUCGAACAGACUAACAACGCCGACGAGGAAGAAGAAGAUGAUGAUGAUGAUGACGUCCCUGUAGCUCGUAAAACCCGUGGCGCAAGAGCCAAUCAAAAGCAAGCCUCUACGGAAGAUGCGCCUGCUGAAGACGGCGACACCGUCAGUAAACUUCGCGGCCGACUCACCCGAAAGUCUCGACUCAGGAAAUCCCUCCAAGAGCCCAGCAGCGACUUUGAGCCUGGCAAUGAUUCUGCAGAGAAUAACGAGCCUGAUUCCGAAGCUAACAACAAUGCCGGGGUCGAUGAUGAUGUCUCGAGCCCUAGUGCUCGUGGAAGGAGAUCAUCUCGAGGAAAGGGAAGAAGGGGAACGAGGAGAUCUCAACGACUGAAUGAGUCGGGCGACGAGGAUGAAGUUGAUGAGAACGAAGUGGCGGAAGAAUUAGAAGAUCUUCGCCAGGACUCUCGUUCGCGAAGGAAUCGUCGCUCGCCCCAAAUUCUUUUUGAAGAAAAGAAACAAGAGAAGAGACGACGGAGAGGCCAGCCGGUAAAUUAUGCCAUACCCCCUCUCAAUGCAUUUGCCGUCGAGCAAGAGGAUGAAGACCCGGCUCCAACACCAGCCCGUCGCCGUGGCGGACGCGCAAAUGGAGGUGGUGGCUGGGAUCAUAAUCUGCAUACCACCGCCGGUGCUCUUGGAGGUGUUGGCAUGACUGGCGCGCUGCUCGGUGGCCCAUGGGGCACUGGCGCCGCAGGUGGAGCCGAUUCUGAUAGCAGCGACGACGAGAUGAAUACCCGCUCGGGUAUGGCUGGACUCUUUGGCAUGACACCAACUUCUGCGGUGGCUCCUCCGCUUGGUCCCUCGGCCCAAGCUAAUGUUGAUGGUCCUGGUGGUCUUCUUGGGCCUGCCCCCAAUGUGGGCAAGAUCAAGAGUCACAAGGCUCUCGCCGAUGCGGAUCCGUUGGGUGUAGACCUUAACGUUGACUUCACCCAGGUCGGUGGUCUGCAGGAUCAUAUCAACCAACUCAAGGAAAUGGUCCAGCUACCUCUGCUAUAUCCAGAGCUCUUCACAAAGUUCCACGUCACUCCCCCGAGAGGUGUAUUAUUCCACGGCCCUCCUGGAACGGGAAAGACACUUGUCGCCAGAGCUCUUGCAAAUGCGGCUGGCGUUGGUGGUAGAAAGAUCACCUUCUACAUGCGUAAAGGCGCCGAUGCCCUCAGUAAAUGGGUCGGUGAAGCUGAGAAACAACUCCGCCUUCUCUUCGAAGAAGCGCGAAGAACACAGCCAAGUAUCAUCUUCUUUGAUGAAAUCGAUGGUCUAGCACCGGUUCGUUCGAGUAAGCAAGAACAGAUCCAUGCUUCCAUUGUUUCUACAUUACUGGCCCUCAUGGACGGCAUGGACGGCAGAGGCCAGGUUAUCGUCAUUGGUGCAACCAAUCGUCCAGAUAAUAUAGACCCUGCCCUUCGUCGACCGGGCCGUUUUGACCGAGAAUUCUACUUCCCCUUGCCUGACGUCAAUGCGCGCAAGUCUAUUAUCGAGAUUCACACCAAGGACUGGGGUCUUUCCGACGAGUUCAAGAUGUCGCUGGCUAAGGAUACAAAGGGCUAUGGUGGCGCCGACCUGCGCUCCAUGUGUACUGAGGCCGCACUAAACGCCAUUCAAAGAACGUAUCCCCAAGUCUACCUGUCCAAGGAGAAGCUUAUUGUCGACCCAGACAAAAUCACUGUGCAGGUGACCGACUUCAUGCUUUCCAAGGAGAAGAUGAUUCCUUCCUCGGAAAGGUCCGCGACGUCUGGAGCCAACCCAUUUCCAAAACCUAUCGAGCCACUCCUUCGAGAUCAGUUCAAGACUAUAACCAAUCUCGUAGAUCGUGCCUUACCGCUGAAGAAGAAAGUGACGGCCCUGGAUGAAGCAAUGUAUGAACCUUACGACGACGAAGACUUUGGGUUUGGCCGAGAAGCUUUGCUACAAGAGUUUCACAGAUUCCGCGUGUAUCGCCCGCGUCUUCUAAUAUGUGGCUCCCCAGGCAUGGGCCAAGUCUAUAUCAGCGCUGCCCUUCUUCACUACCUCGAAGAUGUUCAUGUGCGGAACUUUGAUCUCGCAAACAUCCUCGGUGACCCCUUGCCCGCCGAGCAAGUUCUAUAUGCAUUUUUCGCCGAGGUCAAACGACAGAAACCUAGCGUGAUCUUCAUCCCGAACGUCGAUGUCUGGUACGAAACAUUAGCUGGGCCGGCUCUAACGGCAUUCAUAUGCAUGCUGAGGACAAUCCAGCCUACCGAUUCAAUCAUGCUUGUAGGAACUGCGGAGACCGAGUUGGAAAACCUCAGUCCCGAUCUCAAGCGUGAUUUGUUUGGAUUGUCUAAUUCCAACUUCGUGGAAGUAUCUCGUCCAGCGAAGGAGAAUCGCCAGGAGUACUUCAAUAGGAUACUGUUGCACAUAAGAAGAUAUCCCAAGGACUUCCCCGACCCUGCUCAUCGUAAGAAGCGAGUAUUAGAGGAACUUCCUGUAGCUCCGCCUCCUCCGCCCAAGGCGCUCACAAGAGAAGAGAUUACGGCUGAGAAUCGCAUGUACCGACGACAAUUAAAUCUUUUGAAGAAUCACCUACAACCUAUUUUAGAUCAGAUAAAACGCAGGUACAAGUCGUUUCGAUCUCCUGCUAUACCCGCAUCUGAGUACCAAUACCUCUUCGACGAGGCGAACCCCAACUACGUCCGACCCGACGUAGCAAACGCCCCCCCGCGCCCAUAUGCGCUGGCGAAGGAUGAGAACGGAACUCCAGGACUUCUGAAGACUGAUACGAACGUGUUCUUUUACAAUCUGGACACGGUGACUAUUGAGGAGAGACUGGCCAACGGUUACUACAUUAACCCGGACGCGUUUUUGAAAGACAUCAAGUCUCUCGAACACGAUGCCAAGCACGCUGGUGAUAGAGCGACAUGGCUCAAGGCUAAUGAGCUCGGCACUAAUGUUGACGUCGACAUUGCAGAAAUCACCGAGAAGUUUUCUAGGGCAGUGGACUGGGACUAUGAGUGGAAACGGGAGCAAUUUCGCAGGAGAGAACUCAAGCGAAUAGAGAAGAAGGAGAAAGAGGCGAGACAGACUCUUGGCGGUAAGACACUGCGUGAACCGGUUAACGGCCAAGUCCCUGCCCCUAAGCUUCCUAAUCCCGUAACGCCACGGAAGCUGCACACUACUACGGCCCAGUUCCAACUCAUCGCCGACGAAUCAAGCACCAAUGGACAGGGUUCCCCAUCCCGUUCACUUGCAAACGGAACUUCGGUUCCGUCUCGAGCUACGGGCCAAGACCUUCCCAUGGUCGAUGUUGACUCCCCGCCGGCCGUUGGCCCACACUUGUCGAUGCAGCCACCAUCGCAGUGGCCUCCUAUAGAGGCUCGAUCUACCCAUACAUCCGUGCGAGCGACGACAGGAGGCACCAACCAGUUUUCCCAAGUCUCAGCUGUGCAGUCUCUUCCCCCGGGUGUAUCACCAUCGGCAUUAGUGAAUGAUGCGUCGACUACCAAGACGACUGAUCCUUCUCACCGAUCCUCUAAUUUCAGCACGCAGGCAACGAACGGUACCCACAACGAGCAAUCCAGCAUUCUCGAAAGCAAUCCGGAUAACAACAUCCCAGAUACUCAACCAUAUGCCUUACCCAGCCAAGCGACGUCUGGUGAUGAGCCAUGGGUUCAUUCACAGUUUCGCGAACUUUACCAAGGAUCCAUUCCGCAUUCUGGCUCAUCUCCAGGAUCGCAUGCCCAUACAUCACCGGUCCGUGGCAAGUCGUCGCAUGUUGCCAGUAUGGCAAACCUAUUGAAUGAUCCCUCUCCCGACGAGCAGUCCCAGUCCCAGUCGCAAUCGCAAUCACAGCGACAGCUCGGCUCUUCCGCCUCCCAGCAGGUCGAGUUGGACGAGACUCAAGCGCAGUUCUUCCUUGAUCAAGUGACAGAACGCACCUCGGGCUGUACGAUUGAGCAACUCCAACAGAUAUAUCGUGAGAUGAUGGUGGAACUUUGGCGAACGAGAGGCGAACAUAAUCGCAUGAAAGUACUCAACACUGUCACGCGCGUCUUCAACGAGGCCAUCAAUGACAUCGAGUCGGUUCAGGGCCUACUACAGCCUAGCCAAUGAAUGACUGAUUGGAAUAUGAUAAAUCAGACGAAAAAUGGUUACUUUUGUGGAUAUAUGAGGGGAAACCCAGUCUCCUUCCCGGUGUAAUUAUAGUAAACUAGAGAAGGCAGUCGAAGGGGAUUGUGCAGCAAGAUUGCACUGUUUGCAGAAAC